AAAGGUACGAACAUUCUGAUCGCGGUAUACACCGAGCAACCACAAUGUUUCUGUGUGCCAUCUUGAUUUGGGCAACUAGAAUAACCGUUGUCAUGGUGACCGUGAGUGGAUAGGUUAAGAGCAAACACGAAAAGCUUGGGCAGAAGGAUAGUCGUUCCCUUUACAUGCAGCAACCUCCGGUCUCCGUGUCCAGUCAGGGGGCUGGUCAAUUCCCCUUUCUCUAUAAUGGUUGUGUAUUAUUUCCUCGGUUGAGCCCAUACGUGCAUGGGCUGUCUCUGAUGCAGCCUUACAAUGUACAAUAUCCCGUGGCAACCCCAUCCCAGUUUGGGUUUUGGGGUAUCCAGUCGAAGUCUUCUACUAAAUAUCAUACCAUAACAGACAGUAGAGCCGUCAUCAACAUUAGACAUGAACCACCCGUGUUGACUCCCCAACUUCAACCGAAAUACAAAUCAACGCUUCAUUCUCCAGAGCCGGCGGGGUCCGAGUCGUGUAGCCCUCUCCUCGUUUCUUGCCCGUCCACCCCAGAGAGAUACAUAGAUCAUCCAAGUAGUUAUGAGGAUAGCAGGAAUUACACAGUUUCUACCCCAUGGAUGAUGUCCAACCAGUUGCUUACCACACCUCAAAAGCCUGGUGCUUCUGACCGUCUAAGGCUGACCGAUGACAGUCUUCUUAAGCAGCAGUCAUAUAGCUCCGAAGUUGAUGAAAAUGGUCGAUAUUGUAUAUCCAAUGGGAAACAACGCCGAAGACGAACAGCUUUUACGAGUGAGCAGUUACUACAACUGGAAAAAGAAUUUUACGCCAAGAAAUAUCUAUCACUCACCGAGCGAUCGCAGAUCGCCAGAUCACUUCAACUCAGUGAAGUUCAGGUGAAAAUUUGGUUUCAGAACAGACGUGCCAAAUGGAAGAGAGUUAAAGCUGGAGUUGCGUCAGGACGUUCAGUGUCUAACCGUGACGUCACAAAAAUCGUAGUACCCAUCCCAGUACAUGUAAACCGAAUGGCGAUCCGAAGCCAAUAUCAACAGCUAGAGAAGUCCGCGACGAGCAUGAAAAAUCGUAGAGAGUCAUCAGCUAUGGAAGAUCACAAACAUUCCUGAUUGGCUGACCGAGAUAAACUAUUGUAGAACGAAGAGUUUACAACAGUUUCACUGGAUAUGCUAUGACCUUUUGUUUGUCCUCUUAUUUCACCUUCAUGUACUAAAAUAGAUCCACAUUUUGAACAAUCCUUGAUCAGACAAACUACAACUUUUAGAUAACUCCACAAUUUUGUCGGGACUCAAAAAUGUGUUUUGUUUCAAUAUCCUAACAAAACUGGCUUCGAUGAAAGUGCUGAUACACGCUCUAAACUGCAAAUUUUGAUAUUUUAUUAGAUAAACAACAGCAGAUUUGCCAUGUUUGGCGCCUUUAUUGUCAAAUAAUUUCAAUCCGGAAGAUGAUUUUGUUAUUUUUUACCAGAGCCAGUAUUCUAAUGAGGUCAAACUUGGGUUUAAAGCUAUAUCUUCCAGUUAUAUAUGUGUGAGUGUGUGUGUGUGUGUCAGUGAGUGAAGGAAGCCAAAAAAAAAACAAGGACCAGGACCUUGAUGUCUUCAUGACUAGUUACGAUCAUGUCUUUGACCUUCAAUUAUAAUCCUAUUCCUGAAUGUUAAACGCAAUACAUGUCUCAUAUUUGAUAACCAUACGAUUUUCUGUUCUUUAAGUGUUCUAGAAAAAGCGUAACAAUAAAUAUCGCUUAAAAAAACA